AUUUAUGAUGUUGGGGAACCUGAUGAUCAAAUCAGUGCUAAUCUUAUAGCUUGGUUGUGAAUUGUGAUCUCUAACAAGUAACAAGAAGCAUAAACAUGACAAGCGAAGGCUCAUGCGAGCGGCUGCAGCGGGCGCUAUUGGAAUGCCACCGUCGAAUCCCGGCAGGUCCUAGCCGCGACUCAGCUUGCCGUCACCUUAACCACGCCUUGGCCAACUGCCUUGUUUUUCUCUCAUGCCCUCAUGAAUCCGAGGCGGUGCGCACCCUCUGCUCCAGCGCUGGCACCGCUCUCAAGCGCUCCCAGUGCCAACAGGCUCAGCUUUCUCUCUCGCUUUGCCUCUCUUCUCAUCAGCAAUAGUUUGUUGUAACUCUUCCGCCCCCAAACUGCCAAACAUCCCUAACACUCUGUUGAAUGUUUCUUAUUCUGAAUUAUAUACAUACCUUACCGUUGUUUCCCCUUUGAAAUAUCAUGAAUCCAAAUUCUAUGAAAGUCUGCUGAUUCCAUGUAACUAACCCUCUGCUGCCAAUUUUUUUGUCAGGAAAAUGUUCUUCCCCAGUUCCCUUUAACUCAUUCCCAAUUUUAUCCUCCUGCUUUUUGAAACCCUAAUAUUUCUCUCUUUCUCUAAUACAAUGCGUACUGAAUGAUGAUGGCCCAAAUUCAUUGCCCGAACUCUGCAGAAUGCCGAAUUUGGUGCUGCUUCUCUGUUGCAGGAUAUUGCCUUCUGCAAGAUCAAGAAUGUGAGUCUCAUGUUGUACAAAUGAAUUCCAAGGGAAGGGAAUAAGAAAAAUGAAGAAAGAAAGAGUGAGCGGCCACAGGUCUCGCUCAAAGCCUAGAUGAUUAUUUCGAAUUUUUGGGGUCACUUUCAUGGUGCGAUUUUUCAGCUGAAAUACGUAGUUUAUCAUUGGAGGGGUAGGUGCAGAAAAGCAGAUGGUUCCUAUCAGGUAGCAUUUGGGUGAAGAUCGGGCAGAAUUCAUAAAGAAGGAAAGCAAGGAAAUUGUCUCUGGUAUUGUGGCGCUAAACGCCCCUCUCACGGCGUUUAGCGCCAGACCAUAAGCCUCACCAUUCUUCCCUGCCUUGGUGGCGCUAACUAACUGUAUCUCAUGGUGAACUGGAUAAAUAUCAAAACUCUGAAUUUUAGUUGAGCGUUACUUCACUGCAAAAAAAGAAUCAAAUUAAACCAAUAGAAACUAGCUGCUAGAUCCGUUAGCAAAGUGAAAAUGUACCCCACCAUGGCAAACUGAUGUAGCUUGCUCAUUGGGUCAUCCAUCUAUUUUGUCUUCCAUGCUUGUUUGUUUUUUCUUUUUUUGAAUGUUUGGUCGACAGAAGAUAUUUUAGAAAUUCACUGUAAAACUUAAAAUACAUUGA